AUGAAGCUAGGAGGCAAUGUUGUGCGAACAAUACUGGCUAGCAUUACGCUUUUGGCAUUCUUGACGGUGAUUGGUCAAUUUCGGUCGCUGCAUCGGCUGAUGAACAACAACGACUCGAAACCCAUGAAUACACUCACCCCGGACUAUGUAUUUACUUGGACGCGUCCUUCCAUUUCAUCGUCCUACAAUCCAAGCAACCAGUCUUCAACAGUAGUAUCAACAACCCAUUCGAAUUUUACUGUGGAAUUUCCGCUGUGUCUAGUUCACGUGGGCAAGGCAGGCGGUUCCUCCAUAUCCUGUGGAUUGGGAUUGAUGUAUGCGGAUUGCGAAGGCAUGCCUCGGGACGCUUUGCCAGACACCCAUUACUUUCACAUCAAGCGCAACACUUGCCCUUUCGACACCACACGAACUUACUUGGUGACACUCCGAAACCCAAUCACCCGGCUACAAAGUUGGUUCAACUUUGAAAAGACUAUCAUUCCGUAUCGAAAGAACAAACAACAAGAAGCCAAGGCCAUAAAACAGAGGGGGAGACUCUUCACCGAAUGCUAUAGCGAUUUUGAGUCAUUUGCUUCUACUGGACUACAGCCCCUCAAGGAACCAAUUCAAGCCGUGAGAGUGGUAGAUAUGAGUUGUCCUGAACGUGCUUGGGCUGCUGCGGUUGGUGCUCGGGCCUUUUCGUAUCACGAGUAUUAUAACUACGAGCACUAUUACAAUGGUUUCCAUAUGCACAAGGGAGAUGAUGGAAGCCAUGUGUCUAUUCAAGCCCUCCGAUCGGAGCACUUGCAAGACGACUGGGCGACCGUCUCCAGUGAAGAAUUAUUUCGUCAAGUGAACAAGGGAUCAAAGAAUCACACCAACGCCUCUCCUUCCUUGCCCACCAAUGCAAUGGCAAAUCUCUGCCAUGCAUUGUGUUCUGAGAUCCAAUACUACAAACACUUUCUCUCCUUGGCAGAGAACCUCAGCCCAAGCGAUGUAAAAACUUCACUUCAAGAGCUGACCGCAAUGUGUCCUGAUGAGACCGAAACGGUCCGCGAAUGCCAAGGCCUUCCUACAUUUCCAAAACUAAGAGUACCUGAAGGAAAGUACGACCAAGAAACCAAAAAAAGAUUUUACGAAGUGAACACCGAAGCGUAG